AUGGCCCCCUCCACGUCCGACCUCGCCCUCAAGGCCGCAUUCGACGGAGACCUCCGCGUCCUCAAGAAAAUGGCGAAGAAAGUGGACCUGCGGGGAGCCAAGGACAAGAAAAACAGGCAGAACGCGCUUCAUCUCGCUGCGAGCGAGGGGCACCUCGACUGCUGCAAGUUCCUGGUGGAGAAAUCGGGGCUCGAUGUCAAUUCGGUCACUGACACAGGUGUGACGCCGCUGUUCUAUGCCGCGCUCGAGAGGAGAGUGCAGGUCAUGAGGUACCUUCUCGAUCACGGCGCUGACCCGACGAUGUCCGAAGAAAGGGGCUCCGUGCUGCUCCACAAUGCAGCAGAGGAAGGGUACUGCGAGGCUGUAAGGCUAUUGCUGUCCAAAGGAGUUGAUGUGGAUCCUAUUGACCAUCGGGGGGCACCCUUGCACUUGGCAGUUGCAAGGGACCACGUCGAGGUUGUGAAGGUCCUGCUGGAGCAUGGUGCUAAUCCCAACAGAGUGGCGAAUCACAUCUUUUCACCACUCAUGAUGGCUUGCUGUGGGGAGGCCUUGAACUGCAUGAAGCUACUAAUUGAGGCUGGUGCUGAUGUGAAUGCUCAUGGUUACUCUGGACCAACUCCUCUAACGGAGGUAGUUGAAGAUGGCUUAACUGACUUUGUCAAUCUCUUGCUGGAGGCUGGAGCCGACCCUAACAUCCCUAACCAGCAUGGAGCGAUUCCAAUUGAGCUAGCAGCAGCUUGUGGUCGACGUGAGCUUGUUGAAAUUCUAUUUCCUAGGACAAAACCUAUUCCAUCUCUGCCAGAUUGGAGUGUUGAUGGGAUAAUUAGAACAGUGAGUUCUCCUCAUAUUGGGCCUCAGGCGGAAGUUUCUCUGGAAGAAAAAAUUGAUAAUUGGAAGUCACAAGGAAAAGAAUCAUUUGCAAAGAAGGACUACACUACAGCAAUGUACUUCUAUCGCUUGGUAAUGGAGAUAAACCCACUUGACCCCGCCAUGUAUGCCAACCGGAGCCUCUGCUGGCUGCGUUUGCGUGAAGGGGACCGAGCACUGGAAGACGCUCGACAGUGCAUAGCGACGAAGCCCUCUUGGUCCAAGGCAUGGUACCGCGAGGGCGCAGCCCUCAGCUUUAUGAAGGACUACAAAGGAGCUGCCGACGCCUUUCUGAAGGCGCUGGAGCUCGACCCUAGGAGCGACGAGAUCAUGGGAGCGUUAAGCAAGGCCGUCGAGGCUAUGGAGAAGAUGCACGUGUAG